AUGGAUGCUAAAGAGGACCUGUAUAUGUAUAAUUCUGAUAAUGGUCAACAAAAGCUACCACUUCUGCAUAACAUGGAGGUGCCAGAUGCAAAUAGAAGCCUCGUGCAGAGAGCCAUAAGUCAAACAUUUCAAAGCACAGCCCAUUUGGCAAAUCUCUUACCAACUGGCACUGUUCUUUCUUUCCAACUUCUAUCUCCAAUAGUCACAAAUCAAGGCAACUGUGACUCGGUAUCCAAGUUGAUGACUGCUACACUUGUGGCUCUUUGUGGUGCCUCUUGCUUCAUGCAAUGCUUUACUGAUAGCUUCAGAGAUGAUAAGGGGAAUGUUUGUUAUGGACUUGCCACCUUCAAGGGCUUGUGGGUCAUUGAUGGAUCCACCACCCUUCCACCUGAACUUGGUGCAAACUUUAGAUUGAAGUUUAUAGAUUUCAUGCAUGCGGUGAUGUCAAUUUUGGUGUUUGCAGCAGUUGCAUUAUUUGAUCAGAAUGUGGUAGACUGCUUCAUUCCAUCACCUUCAACCGAGAUACGGGAAAUCCUAACAGUGUUGCCAGUAGCCAUAGGGAUUUUUUGCAGCAUGCUCUUUGUGGCGUUUCCUACACAGAGGCAUGGAAUUGGCUUUCCACUCUCACCAAAGUAA